CUUAAAUUUAGAUAUCUAUAUGCUUCAUCUUGUUGUAUUUUUGUUCAGAUUGUCUCACGAUAGUCCAGUAAAACCUCCUGGUUUUCCAGGGAUUCAUUCAAAACGUCUUUUUAGACGGUAUGCAGUUUCAUGGUGGGAUAUUGCAUUUGUGAGGUGGAAAGGAAACAUGUAAGAUGCUUCCAUCCACUAACUCCCUUGUGGUAUGGAGGAGUUUUUGGGGGGUGCUCCCUGGGUGGGUAAUAUGUUGGUGAUGCUUUCCUCUAACCCAGAGGCGCGCUGAAUAGCAGCGAAAUGGAAAAUAUAAUCUGAAAUAUUUAAGUUAUGUAUUGCGGAGCUAAGAAAAUGGAAAAUAUUUUCCUCAGUUGCUCCAACAAACACAGUGAAUUUUUGGGGGGUGUGGGAUGGUGGGUGGGGGGGGGGGGGGCUGUGGGUCCUACCCCUUGGGGAUUUUCUUUAUCUUCCGCGUGUGCACAUGAGACUUCGCUGGCGCGAAUUUUUCUCAUAGUUUUCCCCCAUUUCCAAAGAAGACUUUUUCGAGUUCUUUUCUUUUUUGGUUCACCUCCUCCCAUCCCUAUCACCCCAAACUCACCCCCCUGAAGUACACAUGCUCAGAGGCGCGUGUGUGGGUGAUGGUGUGUUUUGGUUUUCUGGUGCGCUAUGGUGCAUCUGGUGGAGAGAGGGAGAGGGUGAAUGGAGCUCAAUGGGGCGGAUUUGUUCAAAUGUGGGGCAAAAAUAUUGAUGGACCGGCUGACGCCAACUAUCUCACACUCCCACACAAAUUUUAUAUGUGGAUUUUUAUAAAUGCUACUACAAUUCCCGUCUCACUGGGGACUUGCCAUCCCCAUAUCCCAGCCGAAACCGGACGCAAGAUACAAUUCUUUUUGCAUCCACCCGCGCAUUUUAGGGGGGAAAAGCAUCCGUUUUGCCGAAAUAAUUUGGCCAAGUGGACUGAUUCUAGAACAGCUUCAGGUCAUGGAUUCCAUCCAAAAAAGAAUUCCACGGAAAUCAGUAGCUGCAUACUAAAAGAUCUAUUGAUGCUGCUUCAACACAAAUGAGGUGUUAAUUAAUAUUCAUCUUCCCAAUGUUGGCGGUGGAUUAGCAAACAGGUUUCAUUAGCAAAUCACCUCACUGAAUCACGAUUUCAAGUUGAUAAACACACUCCAAGCACAAACAUCUAUAAAAGCCAAGAGGCAUCAAUUUGCCGGAGUUACUUCAUUUGAAACCAUCACCAGUGAAACUUCCUGUAACGCAAAAUGUGGUUCAAGAAAUCCCUAACCCUCGUUAUUCUAACCCUAAUUCUUCAGAAGUGGGAAGUGAAUGGUGAUACUGUGAAUUGUGGUGUUCUACAGAGAGUAACGAAUUCAUCCUCCCCAACAAGAUAUCACGUGCCUUGGCAUGUGGGCAUCUUCACAAAUGCAACUGAGAGUACGGGUAUUACCCAUGAAUCCGUAACUAUCAUUAAGUGCGGUGGAACCAUCAUCAAUGAAACGACAAUCGCUACAAAUGCAAGAUGCUUGUGGAGCGAAAAAUAUGGACAUAUUGGGAAUGCCUUUGAUUUCUUCGUGGGUAUCGGACGGAAGCAGGAUCUAUUAGCCAUCCGGAGAAUUCAUGUCCUCCGAGGCUAUGAACCAUCUGGAGAUUACUCGAAGAGCAUUGCAUUGCUGGAACUUCGAGAUCCUGUGAGAUUUGAAGAGAACAAUGUCGAGCCUAUUUGCUUGGAUUUAAACACCACUGACUACAGGCCAAAGAAUUGGACAGGAUUUGUAGUUGAUGUUCAUGAGGAACAUCCACAACAAAUACUCAGUUUUACUGCACUUAAUGUUGUUGAUGUUCCUCAAGAGGAAUGUGGGCAGCUACUCCCAGGAGACAUCUCCAGGGAUAAAUUCUGUGUGCGUCCUGUGCAAAGAGAAAAUGCAGCUUGCAACGAGGACAACGAGAGACGAUCAGGAAGUGGAUUAGUUGACGCUAAAGUCUUUAAUGGAACUCAAAGGUACUUCCUCAAGGGCAUCGUGACUUUCAGCAGCGUGAGCCGAGGAGAUGCUUCAGGACGUCGAUGUUCCGGAGUCAUUGUCUCAACGAGAGUCUCAAACUAUGCCACAUUUAUUCGUGGUUACUAAGCACCGGAAUGUCCCAAAUUGUGACAUCCCCAAAAACUCUCUGUAUACUCAUAUUGGGGGAUUAUUAAAAAAUCAUUUGGCAUGAA